AUGGAAAAGAUGGCUCAGUGGGUCAAAGGGAUCCGUCCCACGCGUCCUGCUCCGGGCUCAGCGGCUGCACCAACACAAGAGGCCAAUGAUGAUGACGAGAUCAAAGCACCGUCCAUUCCUCUGCCGCGAUCUGUGCUCAAUGAGUGCGAGCGGUCUUUCGCUGCAGCAGACGAGACCAGAGCAAAGAGCAGUUCUCAGUUCUUUGACAAUAAGGGGCUCAUGGGCUUGUCGUGUCGUCACGACAACCUUCUCUUCCUGGCGAACAUCAAGACGCCUGGUGACCGCCAGUUCUACAUGUCUGCCCUCAUUGAAGCUUUGCUCCAGCACUUGCCGACCCGACUUUGUCGUCAAUUAAAGAAUGCAGGCAAACUUGCCAUCCAAGACGUGCUGCGGAAGACGCUUCUAAUGGACAAACUGAAGGUGCAGAUGUCUCAGUGGAAUGACACCAUCUUCAAAGAAGACGCAGAUCCUAUUUACAUCCACUUUGCAGAGCAAGAGUAUGCUAAAGCACAUGAGAAGCUGAGCAAGUUGGCGGAAUCAGUGCGCAAGCAGAAGGCGAUGAUGGGAGUGGAAAACAAGGCCAAUCUGUCUAAGAUGGUGCAGAGCAAGUACAUCCAGGUGCAGAUGAAUGCUGCCGCCGCCAAGACAAAGUUACGCAGCCGUUUGAGGCAGAGAAAACGCGAAACUGACAACUCACAUCAAGGACGCAGUCAAACACCGCAACCGAAGUAUAAAAGAUCUGUGCAAACUCUACAACAACUUGUGCGAACAACUGCAGGAGCUCAUCAAUCUCCACCGUGCCCCACGGAACGCGGUGGCACCUGGACGAAGGACAUCUGGGGGCUGGAUGUCGAUGCUGAUGUCUGGCUGGACAUUGGUUUGACGGACAUCAACAAGGAGGUUGACCCGCUGUUGUGGAUGAGCAGCGAUUCUGUCCGCAAGGGCAUUCAGGCUCUACUCAAACGGGACCAAUGUGACAAGGAAGAGCCAUGUCUAUAUCACGAGUGUCGGGCACUGUGCUGGUGGAUGGCAGAGGAGUGGGACGUUGUUGGGCGGGCCCUGCAACUGGCAGGCAAGGCUAAUGAAGAGGCAGUCGUCUUCCAGCUCAAGCUUUGCCAGUCAGAAUUGACGAAACUGACCGCAGCAUGGGAGAAGCCGCUGCGACAAAUCCCAUACCCAACCGAGGGCCUCCCCCCUCGGGGUCCUUCAGACAGGGAUGUACUACAGAUUCGCAUCGAAGAUGUAUCUGCCCGUAUGAGAGAUGGUGCCCCAAGCUGGGGGAAUGACGAGUGGAAGGAUACCAAUGGGGACGAGGACUCCGGCAGUGAGACUGAGUCCAACGGCGAGUCUCUGCCUUACAAUGAGUUGGAGGCCUUUGAGCGUGGCGGCAUCCUCUGGGAUGAGGAACUACUAUCAUAG